CCAAUAUUCCCCUUGUGGACGUCUCCGCUACACGAGGCAAAUAUCGUACCGCUAAUGCCCACAGUGGAAAAAGACAUCUGCCGUGGCCUGUACAGCCUCGUCCGAAAGUCCACGCUGGUGCCUCAAGCAGCAGCACGGCAGCAGCAGGGACAUCCAAUGUGAUGAGUGGAACGACAUCGGGACCCUUGCAGACAGAGAAUACCAAUGCUUCUGCUGCAACUAACAGACCCCCUUCUCCGCCGGGCAUCGAACAUGUUCCACACACCAGCUGCUUUGCAGUCCUUGCAAGGUGCUUCCCGCGUCUAUCGCGCACUCGACAAACCCGUCCAUCCGCUUCAAGUUCCCCUUAGGCUUCCUGUCCUUUCCCUCGUUGCUGCAGAUAUUACUUCAAGAUAUUUCUGACAUUCGAUGAUGCUCCUGGUAGAUACCUAUUACCAUACACACCAUUCACUCGUUCAGCCGAAAGAUAUCAGUCGUAACAGAUUUUUUUGUUUGCAUGGAUCGCUUGUACUAGCAGGAUAUAUGACAUUUGAGAGCCUU